UGCUGGAGUUGUCUGGGGAGCAUCUCUUUCACAAAACUAGAAUCAGAUUGGCUAAGAGACUGGGAUUUGUUUGGCAUGCUGUCCGGGCCUCUUCAUCUUCAAGAUCAUCUUCUCUUCUGUUCUAACACAACAGAAGCAACAAUUGCUUUGAUUUCUGUGUGUAAAACAGAAUCUUAAAUUCUUCUUCUGCAGCUAGCUAGAACCAAUAUAAUAAUAUAGUAUUUAUUAUUCGGAUUAAUUAUUGUUAAUAAUGUUUUUUUAUUGUUAUUUUGUCUGGGGGUGCUGUGUGAGCAGUAUAUAGUGAGGGAAUGUGAGGAUGAAGCAAACUGCUACUACCCCAUCCACUUGAUUGUAUCUCCUCUUUUGUCCCUUCUCCAUGUGACUCACUACUCAUCUCUCUUGCUCCCCCUCUUAACUGGUAAAGGUGUACUGGGGUUCAGUUGUUAGUUAUAAGCAGCAUUAGUUUGAGGUUUGAAGUGACAAAAGAUCAGACAGAAAUGGAGAAGAUUCUUAAUCAAUACGAAAAGGAGUACAUGAAGAUGGCCAUGUUAAAGCAUGAAGAAACAUUCAGAGAGCAGGUUUAUGAGCUUCAUCGGCUGUACCAAAUCCAGAAGAUACUGAUGAAGAACAUUGCAGUUCAGAAGAGGCAAGAAACUCAAGAAAGGGAGUUGAAGAAUGCCCAUAAUCUUACCCAGGAUUCUGAUCACAAGAGGACUAGGCAGAUUCUGGACUUGGAAAGGCCUGUAGCAGAUGAAGGCGGGAUUGAAGACGAGAGCGAGCUGGAGUUAACGUUAGGUCCAUCGUGCUACAACCGGAGGAGGAGAAAGGCGGCAUUGGAGCCUUCAGAUUCUGCUCCCAGCUUCUCUUCUUCCACAGAUAGCCAUGGGAAGGAGAGCUCCAGAGAGGACUUAAAAUGGGGGAUUGAAUUGCCAGCAGCCUUAAACCAAAGUUUUCUUCAAGGACAGAAGAGUUCGAACGUCGAAGAGCUGCAGUUUAGGCAGGAUAGAUUGAACAACCCUCCAUGGCUUUUCCAGGCUUUGAGCCUAAACAUGACUUGAUCGAAUUCAUGAUAUGAUGGAUAACAUGUUAGAGUACUAAUUCUGCGAUUGAUGUUAUUUGUGGUGCUGUUGCCUGUUGGCUAGCUUUCAUCUUCUUCCACCAAAUCUUCAAACAUGGCUUGUUGAGCAUAUAACCAUUAAUGUGCAAUCCAACUAUCAGCUUAGACUUUUAGUUGAGAUGGAACACAUGCUUCAAUUUAGUAUCAGAGCCAGGCCAAAGGUUAGUCUUAGAUUCAGACAGACCAGGAACAAUGUUUUCUGGGAAUCUCAAAACUUUCCCACAUUAGAGGACUCCAAAUCACAUUCGUUUCCGGACUUUUAAUCUCUGGGUAAUGGUGAUUAUACCCAAGAACAUACUUCUAUCCAACCAGUACUUGGACUAAACCUCUUUUUUUCUUUUUAAUUAAUCUCCAAGAUUCUGUCUUAGUUCUUGUAA